AUGAGUGCUAACACGAACAACCUCUCUUCGACUCCACAGACCAUUUAUGUCCAACAUGCGAUUCAUCCAGACAGCGGCGAUUCCUUCCGCGCUGUAGCAGCUUCCACUAAAUCUCUCAAAGCAAGCCAGAAGGACUUCGGCGUACAAUGUACGCAAUGUCAAACGAAAUUGGAGAAGCCUUUGAAAUGCGCAAAGGUGGUGGUCAAAUAUUUGAAUACUGUUGCAACCUGUAAGGGCGUCUGGUAUUGCUCAAAAGAGUGCCAAAAGAAAAAUUGGUCCACCCACAAACCGGCAUGCCAUGAGGUCGAACGCUCCUCGGGGGUAUUCAAAUUCAUACAAAUGUUCGGUGUAAACCCGGUGCUCAUGGGGCUCCUCAAAGUCGCUAUCAUCUUUGACUGUGGCCUGUUCGAGAAUCCCCGGAUCGGAUUCGAUGUGCCAUUCAUGGCACGUGUUGACAUUGCAAUGGAACCUAGUGAUGUUCUUGACUUUGUUAGAUUGUAUUUCAACGACAAAGCUGUUGGAGACAAACUUCAAGGGAUGUUGCAAGUCAAUACCAUCAUUCCGUGGCACCCACGCACGCAAAUACCCCUUACGCCGAAGCGGCUACAGCUGUGGCGUGAGGCUCGAGCAAAGUAUAACGCAGAAGGUCUUGCCAAAGAUCCCGUAGGACUCGUAGAGUUCAUUGGCUGUAGUUGUGCAGAGGACUCAAAGAACUCAUUGACUGCUGAGUUGCACAUCCCGGCUGGUGUCCUUGACAUGGCAAGGCAACGCGAGCCCUUCACAUUUGUCUCUGCUGUCACAGGCAUGCAGUUCGACAAACCCAUGAGCGCUGUGACAUGUCUAGAGUAUAUCAAUGUGCAUAUUCGAGCGGAUAAGCAAAAUCAGCUACGUUUGCGGGCUGAGAUGACAGAACAAGACAAGGAAGCCAUUCGCGCUGCAGGUCGUAAUGAGCAUACAUUUCCGGCUCGUACCCUCAAACAGAAGAUGGAAAGAGAACACCUCUAUGCUGGUAUCAUGGAAGUGAUACGUGAAACAGCCAAAUGUGAGUGUGAGCUUUUUCAACUUCUCGUCCUGUACUAA